AUGGCCAAGACUCUUCGUCAGUACUCGGUCCCGUCCAGCAGCCACAUCCCUACUGGACUGAACAUCGACGAAGGCAAUGAUGGCUUUGAGCUCAAAUCGGGACUGGUGAACUUGGUUCAAGCGACUCCAUUCUAUGGAAAGGCAUCCGAGGAUGCCAACUCUCACUUCCAGAACUUCCUGGAAGUGAGUAGUACUAUCAACCCCAAAGGUACUACGAUGGAUAACGUCCGUCUUUGGCUAUUCCCAUUCUCUUUGCUCGGCAAUGCGAAGACGUGGUUCUACACCAACAAAGCAGACUUCACCACUUGGGAUGCCUGCUCCAAUGCAUUCUUGACGAAGUACUUCCUGGUGGGCAAAACCAAUGCCCUCCAGAGCAAAAUCUCUGGAUUUCAGCAGCUUCCGGAUGAAGCCAUCCCAGAAGCUUGGGAAAGAUUCCAGGAAUACAUGGAAGGGUGGCUGAUUAUUCAGAGCUUCUUUCAUGGCCUGAACAAACCAGGUCAGAACCAUAUCGAUGCAGUAUCAUGUGGUUCUUUCCUCUUGCUCGACGUCACUGGAGCGAAAGCGCUGGUAGAGAAGAUUGCGUCCAACCAGAGUUGGAAAGGAGAAAAGCAGACCCGCAAGGGAAUUCAUCAUAUCGACAGUGUCGAUAUGCUCGCUGCCAAGAUGGACCUUCUCAUGAAGAAGCUGGAGUCUCUACACUAG